GGUUCACAGCUGGCUGGUUGUGCUCAACAGCCCGCAGUUUAGUCACUGAAAAAAGCCUCCACGCAUGGUUAAGUGAAGACCCGAGUCAAAAACUGGACACCCGAGGCCACUAUUGACAGGCACCAUGAGUGGUCUGCUCGCCCUUUUGACUUUUCUCGCCUUCACCUGCGGGGCCGCUAAACCCAAUGCUGGUCUGAAAACGUGGGGUCGCUUCAGUAAACUGCCUUACCCGGGUGACAAGGCUUUCCUCUACGAUACCUUUCCCGGCGACUUCAUGUGGGCGGUGGGCACGGCGGCGUACCAGGUGGAGGGCGCGUUUGAGAAGGAUGGCAAGGGUCUCUCCAUUUGGGACACUUUUACGCGCGGUGGGAACCGGAUGGCCACGGGGGACGUGGGCAGCGACAGCUACCACAACAUCCACGCUGACAUCCGAGCUAUCAAGCAGCUCGGGGUCAAACACUACAGGUUCUCCCUAUCCUGGUCGAGGAUAUUCCCCAACGGGACCCGCGGGAGUUACAACGAAAUCGGCACCAACUACUACCGGACGCUCAUUAAGCGGCUGAAGGAGAUCCGUGUGCAGCCGGUGGUGACGCUCUAUCACUGGGACCUGCCGGAUCACCUCCAGCAGAGCCUCGGCGGCUGGAGCAACCCGGAGCUUGUGGGGAUAUUCAAGGACUACGCCGAUUUCUGUUUCCUGACUUUCGGGGAUGAUGUGAAGUAUUGGAUCACUAUUGAUAACCCGUUUGUGGUGGCGCGGCACGGGUAUGGGACCGGAGUGGUCGCUCCUGGGAUUAAGAACGACCCCGAUCUCCCAUUUCGGGUUGGACACAACCUUCUCAAGGCUCAUGCAGCUGCAUGGCAUCUUUAUGACCGUCACUACCGACGACGGCAGCAGGGCAAGCUGUCUAUGGCGCUGGCCUCUCACUGGAUCAAGCCCAGUCGCACCCGCCUGGAAAGCCUGCGGGAGUGCCAGUGCUCCCUGGACCACGUCCUGGGCUGGUUUGCCCGGCCGCUUUUCACAGACGGAGACUAUCCUCCCUGUAUGAAGAAGAGGCUGGGCUCACGGCUGCCCUCCUUCACCCAGGAGGAGAGGGAGUACGUGAGGGGGACGGCUGACUUCUUCGCCCUCUCACACGGAGCUGCCCUGAGCUUCCAGCUCAUCAACGACAGCCUGAAGUUUGGACAGAAUGAGGAUCUGGACCUGAGGAUGCUGCUCUACUGGGUCAACGCUGAAUACGACAAGCCGCCCAUCUUUGUGGUGCAGAGUGGGUGGUACGUCCUCGGCAACAUGAAGACAGAAGACCCAAAACACAUGUACUACCUCAAGAGGUUCAUCGCCGCGGCACUUAAAUCGAUCGUCAGAGAUGGAGUGAAUGUGAUCGGAUACACAGCCUGGUCUCUGAUAGACGGCUUUGAGUGGCACAGAGAGUACGGGAUACGACGGGGACUUUACUAUGUUGACUUCAACACUCCUGACAUGAAGAGGGAGCCAAAGACGUCUGCCACCUUUUACAGAAAUGUCAUCCAGAGGAAUGGUUUCCCUGAGCUCCCGGAAAACAGACCAGCACAAGGAGUCUUCCCGUGUGAUUUUGCCUGGGGGGUGUCUGCCAACUCCAUACAGGUGGAGACCACGCCCAGCCAGUUUGCAGAUCCCAGUGUUUAUUUGUGGAACAUCUCCAACAACGGGGAGCUGACGAGGCUGAAAGGCCUCAGUGCGCCACCUUUACGCCGAACCACACACUGCGCUGAUUACGCCACCAUCCGACAACAGGUGAAAGACAUCAAGGAGGUGGGUGUAAACCACUUCCACUUCUCUCUGAACUGGUCAGCUGUGGUUCCCUCAGGUGACGUGGCUCGACCCAACACCACCCUGCUGGGCUACUACCGCUGCUUCACCCGCCAGCUGCUGCAGGCCAACAUCACGCCCGUGGUGACUCUCUGGCACCACACUCGUUUGCGCAGCAGCCUGCCAGCACCACUAAUACACAAGUGGCUGAACAGGAAGACUCCAGAGGCCUUCGCAGACUACGCCAGACUCUGUUACAGAGAACUAGGUGCCCACGUGAAGAUGUGGAUCACCCUGAAUGAGCCUAAUGAUGACAUGGUGAGCUACCAGGAUGGCCAUCAGAUGCUGCGGGCACACGCUCUGGCCUGGCACGCAUAUGACCGCGAGUUCAGACACGCACAAGGAGGACAGGUGUCUCUGGCUCUGCACAUGGAAUGGGUGGAGCCGGCUUUUUCAUUCAGCCGUGAAGAUGUAGAACCGGCUAAAAGGGUUUUGGACUUCCGUGUCGGCUGGUUUGCUGAACCGAUCUUCGGCAAUGGAGACUAUCCUCUAGGAAUGAGGAGCUGGCUGCGUCAGCUCAACUCACUUGACCUGCCAGUGUUCAAUGAGGAGGACAGACAGCUGGUGAAGGGGACAUAUGACUUCUUUGCCAUCAGCCACUUCAGCACCGAGCUGGUGACUCAUGCCAAGGAAGACUCGUACACCUACACAGAAAAGCUGGAGGUCCAACAAAUGAAAGACACCACGUGGAUUAUGUCCCCCAGGGCUGUGGUGCCCUGGGGCCUGAGAAAGGCCCUCAACUGGGUGAGGGAGCAUUACUGUGACGUGCCUGUUUACGUGAUGGCCAAUGGGGUCCAGGAAGACCCAGCCCGCUUCAAAGACAGCCUGAGAGUCUACUACCUGUACAACUACAUCAAUGAGGCGCUGAAAGCAUACACUCUGGAUGGCGUAAACCUGAAGGGUUACUUUGCUUAUGCCCUGAGUGACCAGAGGGACCCCGGGUUUGGCUUGUACGGCAACGUCCACGAAGAGGUCAUCGUCAAGGCCUCGCUAUCCAACUAUCGCAACAUCAUCCAGUUCAACGGCUUCCCCAUUCCAGGAGCCGCACCUCAGCAGUGUCCUCGUUUGCCCCAGCCCUGCCUUGGCUGCCAGGUGCUCAAGAGGCCCGUGGUGGGCUUCCUGACUCUGGUGGGCUCAGGGGUACUUAUCACCCUGGGCCUCAUCAUCUACUACACAGCCAAGAAACACAAGGAGUGUUACUGAUGAACAUGGAGCUUUUUCUUCUUAAAAAAUAACUGUUGAGAAAAAGAAAGUGUAGAGGUCGGUCUUGAUGUCAGUUUUAAGUUUUAGUGCUUCUUUGGAACUUUUUGUUAAAUGAAGUCUGAAUUAGGAAAGUGGUUCAAUCAUCUUGACAUUAAGUAUUACUGCUGUUAUGUAAAAUUUAUGUAAAUAUGUUACAAAACCUGUAACAUAUUUACAGGUUUUUACAGUUUAUAAACCCCUAAUUGUCACAAUAUUCUUGAUGUUUUUGGAUAAUUUCCCAAAGAUUUGAAUGCUUCCUUGUUUUUAGAAUAUUACAGAAUGACUACUGUGGAUUAGCGGUUUUAUAAAUGACUAAAUAGUCCAAGUUUAACCCUCCUUCCACUAAGGCUUAGACAUUGAGAAGAUAAAACAAGAAAAAGGACGAUGAAGUACCUGAACCACAAUCACGAAGGAAGCUCCAUAGACUAUUUACAUUUUAGGUUUUCCCAAUGCGACUGCAUUAAGGGAGAUUUGACAGCCAAGAAGAUAGUUUUGCAGUCAAUGAGAAGCCAAAGUGUCCAAACAGACUGGACACUCAUGGCAAUUUAUAAAAAACAAAACCUCAGCAGAACUAUGUUGAAAUCCAACAAACAGCUACUGCUGGGAAUGUAACACAGUAGCAUUAAAAAUGAUUUGACUCUACAGACCAGUUUCAGAGGAUGUUGUAUAUCAGAGCUUUCUUUUCAAAACUGCUUGAGAGUUAAUGCUGUGUAGAAAGUCAAGGGUCGACCAUUUCCCUUUUUUUUUUUUUUACUGAGACUCCUUGCACUCCACUAUGCUGCUAAGGUUUUUCCCAUAUAACAGUCAAUGGAGAAGUUACCUAAAAGACAUUAUUUUACAACUUACACCCACUACAUUUGUACCUGCAUUUAUGGGUGAACAGAACACUUCAAGAUUUUUUAACAUAUUCAUCUAACAUAUCAUUGUGGUUAUUUUGACUCGUUUGUACAGUUUUGUGACUAUAAUGAGUAUUUGUUUAUGUGAUUAGUGCUCAAAUUAAUAAAUUUGCUUUAACAAACAGGCUUUAACAAAA